GUGCAAGAAGAAUAAAAUCCCUCACUUCUCAGUGUCCUUUUGACAGUGAUGACGAAAUCCUUUUCACGUUUCAAAUUCACAGCGAUUAAUGUGCUGUGAGGCUAUUCGUUUUUUUCCCCAUUUUGUUUUAAUAUUCAAAAUUAUUAGAAAAUAGGCAUUUAAAAUACACAGCAAUGUAAACUUCCUGAACAAACAGCGCAGGAAGUGGCUCACAGGAUUGCCAUUGCUCUCCGGUGACUGCUGGACUGUUUUUACACCUUCAUGCUAAAUAAGGAAACGGCAGCCCGUCAGACAUAUGACCACCGGCCCAAUUUGGGCUCUGCCAAAGUGCCCAUCACAUCCCAUGAUCGCUCAAAGCCGUCCAAUGAGGGGUCUCUCCCCGUCUCCCAUGCAGAGUGACAGCAUUCGAUUGAACUCCCAGCAGACUUGACAUUGCAGUUCAGCGCUUCAGCUCUUGCUGGCUUGCAACUUUUCUCCCUCUCUCUCUCUCCCCCCCUCCCCUCCCUUCCACUCCUACUUUGUUCCGUGGGGCAGCGGAGUGAAGUCAGAGUGAUGUCAUAUAAAAAUGCGGGCACCCGGCAAGGUGAAAUAGGUUUUUGGUGAGUGGCGUUCUCCACAGCCAGCGUUGCCUGUCGAGAGAGGCGCGGAGCUGCAAAACAUGGUAAUCAUCACCAUCACCACCUCAAGCUCUGCCGCGCUCUCUCCGUUUUCUACUCCACUGCUCUCGGGCUUUCGUUUCAUGCCCGAAACCCUGAUCUGCCUUCCAAAAAUAAGCCUCUGCCACCAUGCCGAAGGAAGAAAAACAAGAAGAGUGGUAUUUUUAGGGCCAUUAAUUUUGACCACGUGCCCCGAAGGUAAACCGGAUGGCCAUUGCGCAAAGGCUUCUCAUCAGUAUGUCCUGCGAGGCCAGCACGCACUGGACGUUGACUGCGAUUGUUCUCCUGGGGUUCCUAGUGGGGAUUGUGUCAUCAUAUCCGAUUCCAAGCAGGACUAAUGCAACUUUAUUGGAGAAAAGAUGGGAGACCCUGUUCUCCCGCUCCAUUCUGGGGGUCUCAGGGGAGAAAUCGGACCUGAACUGGGAGAGUGACUAUUUGCUGGGCAUCAAGAGAGUGCGGAGGCUUUACUGCAACGUGGGCAUCGGGUUCCACCUUCAGGUCCUCCCAGACGGCAAGAUAAACGGUGUACAUAAUGAAAACCAGUACAGUCUAAUAGAGAUCUCCACGGUAGAUCGAGGAGUGGUUAGCUUGUUUGGGGUGGAAAGUGACCAGUUUGUCGCAAUGAGUGGCAGAGGAAGGUUAUAUGGAACGGCAGUCUUCCACGACGAGUGCAAGUUCAAGGAGAUCCUGCUGCCAAACAACUACAACGCCUACGAGUCUUUCGUUUACAAGGGCUUCUACAUCGCCCUCAGCAAGCAUGGCAGACUGAAGAGAGGCAACAAAGCCACCACCGCCAUGACUGUCACACAUUUCCUCCCAAGAAUAUGAGUAAAACGCGCAAUAACUCACUCAUUUGCACAUGUGGACAUUCUCCAAGGUAAUAUAUAUAUAUAUAUAUAUAUAUAUAUAUAUAUAUAUACACACAUACACAAAUACAAAUUGACUGCAAAACUAACACAACUAUAUAUAAUAGUAUUUAUUGUCUUUAUAUAUGUAUAUUUGGGUAGCUCACUUUGUAUUAGAACUUAUGUAAAUGCCAUACUUUGCUGCUUAUUAUUAUUUAAUUAUCAUUAUAUAAGGAGUGAGAGGCACUGCUGACCUCUUUGCUUUAUAUGGGUGAUUGCCAUAGCUGGCAGAGACUUCACCCUGUCACUGGUCAUGACUGAUAUCCUCAGCUUUUACAAGUGAAAUGGAUACUUUUUAUUACCUCAAACAGCCACCUCCUGACUGAAAAAUGAUGCAUGAAGUUAUGCCGAAUCGAAUGUCCGCUAACUCUCUAUGCUUUCCGUUUUGAAACCCGUCCAGAACUGGAAUGUUUGGCUUUUUUCCCCCCCCCCACACUGUGCUGCCAUUGUCAUUGUCAAGUGGGGGCGGGGGGAGGGGGGACACAGAAGUGCUUAAACUGGGCUCCCUUGCCACUGCAGUGAGGUGCUGCCUUAGCUUUGGCACUUGCGACCCCCGUUGCUUGCAUGCGAGAAACGCACCCUGCGGUCAGAAAUAGGCUUGACACGCGAGCCACGCGACUCCCGGACACCCCGAGCUGCUCUGGCCCAAUUCCUAGAGGGCCAGGAGUGUCUUCAGUUUUUAUUUCCUUUUCGAUAAUUAGAUUUAAUUAAGUAAGUGAGAAUAUGGGCUGGACUGAGACCAGAGGAUCCCAGAGCUUUCGCUUCUUUAAACGUGGCUGAGACACUGUUGACCCGUGAAUUUCGAACAUUGCUGUCGUACUCUUGAGCUAGGCGGGGGUUUUUUACCCAAACUGCACCGGUAAAUGUUUGGUCACGUAUUGUAUUAAAUGUAGGACUGCAAGCACUGAAAGUCACUCUAGAAAAGGGUGUCUGCUAAGCAAAUCCAAAAAUACUUAUGUAAAUAAUAAUAUAAAAUAUUGGAGUCGUACAAGGAGCUUUAUGUUGCUUAUUUCAUGACUUAGAAUGCCGAAACGUAUUUCAGGUUGCACAAUCUGGCUAUCAAUGAUGGUUUUGAUAUUUGGGUCGCUGUAAUAGUUCUCACAACGUCUUUUCUACAGUCUGAUGAGUUUAAUGUUCAGAGCUUUGUGAAAAAUGCAGGAUGCAGGAUUUGGUAAUGGCGCCAGCCUCCGUGGGCAAGGGAACGUGCUCUAGCGCAGUUCUCCAUUGGCAAAGGCGGCGGUCGCAGUGGCUGCACUUACCCAAUAUGGAAGCGAAAUCACGGGAAGUCAGAGGAAGUUAUGCACAGAUAGAGAAGAUAGAAAGAGAGGCACAGGGCAGGUCUUCAGGGAUUCCCAGACACUGGGUGGUUUGUUUUUGUUUUUUUUUGUUGUUUUUUUUUAACCACAAAGCCCACCCUCUUAUUGCACCCGAGCCCACAAUACGCCCACAAUACGUCCUCUUUUCUGCACGGGCCUCUUUUAACCAGAAAAAGACUUAUGGGACGGUGCACGCGGCACCCUCUGUUUGUUUAACCCCGGAAGAAUGUGGAUCCCAUCAGGGGUGACAGGCUACUUCCCAAAUACCUGAGCAGACCCUCCUCGGGGCAGUUGUCACCGUAAAAGCCAUGGUCAGCAAAGGCCUUGAGAUUCCAGCAGUGGCCGGGACCUUCCCUCCCUCUUUAAUCCAUUUUUAGACCAAGGUCAGCCUCCCAGGCCCUUCUACACCCCUGUGUUCUGGGGUCCAUCUCCGCAGGUUUCCCUGGCUAACUUUACUUCUUUGUACCCUCCAAAUUCCUCGGUUUAUUCCUUAAUUCAUUAACUAAGAGUGCACAGCUUAAAAAAAAAAACAAAAACAAAAAAAACAAUACUGAUGACAAUAAAAUAAAAACUGGGGAAAAAAAACCCUUGCACGGAUGAAUAAAGCUGAGAUACUGCGUGUAUUAAAUUCGCUGUGAAUGUUAGUGCGUUUGUUAUGGCUUGAAGCAAAAGUCAGGGCUGUUCCUGGACCUCCUGCUGUAAUGUAGAUGAUGAGCGACUUCCUCUCUCUGUUGUCAUGUUACUGGUCAGCACAGUGCGCCUGUCAGUGUCUGCCAUCGGUGGCUCUUAAGAUCCCUGACAGGAUGUGUGGCUGCUGUCAAACAAAUGAAGACAAAAACAAACUAAAGUAAAAAAAAAAAUAAAAUAAAAAAAAACCGGGCAAAGCAUUGUCAUUUCUGCACACCAGAGAAUUUGCUGUUUCUUGUAAGCUAUGUGCAGUCAGUUCUGGAUAUGAACCUUGGAUCUGAUUUGGGUCAGAAUGCGUUGAAAUCUGAGUGAUUUUUUGUAAGAGCGAGCACACGUCUGUCUCUGCGUAACUGUGAAAUGGCAGCCGAUUGGUGCUCACGCUGGAGCGCGUCUGACUCUGCUCAGGAGGGGACACCCGCAGGCUUGGUGCAGUACGGGAGAGCGAAAAGUGCCGAAUCACAGAAAGCCUCCGCUUUCCCAGCAUGCUCUGCUUCUGCGGCAGCCACUGAAAGCUUCCGUGAGAUCGGCUUACUGCACUUCGGGGAUCACCUGGCAUUGUCUCACUCUGCUAUUUAAAGAGAUAAUCCCCCCGUGGAUGAUCACAGACAGGUGUCUGUGGAGGAGUGUGUUUGGGGUGGGGGAACUCAUGGUGAUCCGGAGGAGGCAUACAGAGAAAACUCCCCACCAGACACUGUGCCCCUCCCUAGGGAUGUAACUCCAUCUCCGUGUAGCAAAUUCACAGACUUUCUACAUCGUAACCAAGAUUUCAGGAGUGAGCUCUCAUCAAAGCAAAGGCAGAGGAGACUGUGGGUGACAGAGGUAGGGAGUGGCCUAUGAGUGUCUGUCACGGCUCAAUGUCACUGUGGAUGGGGCACAGUCUUUAGGUAAAAAAAAAAUCAUUUUGCAUCAGCCUAACUGGUACAUUUAUUUAUUUUUUAAAUAGGAACAAUCCGUAUCCAGACAGGCUCGCUUAACUUGGCAGUUGAAUCUUGAAGAAUAGUCAAACGUGCUAAAUGCUUUUACUAUUUAUGUUCAGUAACGAUAAGCUUAUUUACCCUGAGCAAACAAAAUGGAAAUCAUUUAUCAUCGGUUGUGCUGAUGGGGCCCAGUCUUACGCCCUGUGCAUUUUAAGUAGAAGAGUGCACUGGACAAUUAAGGGGAGAGGGUGCUAUGAACUCUGAUGGACUGCUUGUGGCAUUCAACUGGACACCCAAAGUCGGGUGAUGCUUCUUCAGUAAAGCAGUGAAGAGACAAUAUAUGACACCUCUAUCAGGAUGUCUGUCAGUGAAAAGAACGGUUUGGUGCAUUGUUCAGUUUGACUUGUACAUUUACUUUAAGAACCUGUGGAAACUCCGCAACUGUCCAGAAAAAAAAGUUUAUCCGUGCUUCCUUGUGUCCUGACUCUACUUUGAGGCAAAAGAGUGAAGGGUACCGUGUUAGACCUGGCGAUGGUUGAUGAUCAGUACUGAGGAACUGCUGAAAAUGUGGUUUGGGAAUGUGCACUUGAACCGUGUCUUGUGCACAAGAAAGGCAGAGAAAGUGCAGGACCGGAUUGCUUCGGUUCGAGUGGAAUGUGACUCCACGGUACAGUACAGAAGGAGUGUGUAGCAUCGAAGGACACGCGGUGACAUGUUGCUCUGGAGUCCUUUCUUACGGCUCCGUUCUGGCCCUCAUGUUGCUUUUUUUUUUUUUACAAAACAAAUGAAAAAUAACUCCUGUGAUGUGAAUGUUAAUGAAGGUGAUGAGAACCUUGUUUGUUUAUUUAUUUAUCCAUCAUGUAUGUAUUCAUUUUGAGUUUUUUUUUUUGUUUGUUUGUUUUUUGUUUUUUUGCCGCUCCAUAUGGCCAACAGGACACUGUACCCAUGGAAGUGUUUGUGACUCACAUUGACAUGUUUGUAUGUGAGUGCUCUCCUCUCAGUCACCGAGGUUCAUGAUGCUGUACUCUGCACAGUAUCCCAUGAUACCACAGAGCAUGAAACACCAUAGAGUGAAAACAGGCGAAAAGCUAUCUAUGGUCUUCGCCCUUGUCCUUAAGGAAAUGCGUAACAAUUUCUAUGAAACGACCUACGUAAGUGUCUACGUAGACUGGCAUAACAGUUUGUAAAUUAUUUAUGUAGUCCUGAUGAACAAGUUAACUGCAUAUGAAGGAUUCAUGCUUCUAGCCAAAAUGACCCUUCGUUAAAAAAAAGUGUUUAAACAAAAACAAAAAAGUUGAUGUGUGUUUCAUGGGGAGUGGUGCCCUGUGCAGGGUAACGGAACCUCGGUGAAGGAGGGGCAGUGUGUCUGUGUGUGUCGGCAGCCUUUGUGUUCUCUCUUAGUUUUGUAUUCCUGCACUGAGGAGGGGGUGUGCUUCCUCUGAUUCCCCUCCUCUUUGUUAACAUAUACCUCACCUUCUGCCUUAGUUCCGAUUUGUUACGAUGAUUGUAAAAUUAGUAGGAAACAACAGACUUCUUCAAUCAUUUGUUUCUGAAAACUAAUGAUGAUAGUAAGAAUACUAAUAUAUGAAAAAAUGGUUUUCCUUUUAUUUUUGUACGUAUGUGCUGUGCACAGCAGUCUACUGUAUUCCUGAAAUAACAAUAAAGGGUUGUUUUUUA